CGUACGGAAAGUGCCUGCGCGGACCGGAAGCAGCGUUUACGUGCUCGCAGAGAUUUCAUCAUCCUCUCUCGGUCCAUGCUUCGUAGCGCGACAUCAGCCCUGCUGAGGAGGACCAGCACCGAGAUCCACUCCCUCUCUCCGCUGUCCACGGCCCGGUCGGUUCGGCUCCGCUACCCGCCUCAGAACAACAGCAGGCCGCUCUCAGCGUCGGUGAGGCUGCGGAAGAAGAAGCAGAAGAGCCCGUGGCUGCAGCAGGAAGGACGAACCAUGGACGGGAACAAAAUAGAGGAGAUCCUCGCCCCUCUGAGGCUCGCGGUGAAGGAGCAGGGGGACCUUGUGCGCCAGAUGAAACAGGAUGGAGUCCCUGAUGUGGACGUCACCAAAGCUGUGGCUGAGCUGAAGGCAAGGAAGAGAACUCUGGAGGCCAAGGAACUGUCACUGCAACCUAAAGAUGACAUCGUCGAUCGGACCAAGAUGGAGGAUACCCUCAAGAGGCGUUUCUUUUACGACCAGGCCUUUGCCAUCUAUGGAGGUGUGAGCGGCCUGUACGACUUCGGCCCUGUGGGCUGCGCCCUGAAGAACAACAUCCUGCAGGCCUGGAGGCAGCACUUCAUCCAGGAGGAGCAGAUCCUGGAGAUCGACUGCACCAUGCUGACCCCCGAGCCCGUCCUCAAGACAUCAGGGCAUGUGGACAAAUUUGCUGACUACAUGGUGAAAGAUGUCAAGAAUGGUGAAUGCUUCAGGGCUGACCACCUCCUCAAAGCUCAUCUCCAGAAGCUGAUGUCCGAUAAGAAGUGUGCGGCAGAGAAGAAGGCUGAGAUGGAGGAAGUCAUCACUCAGAUGGACAACUACACCCAGCAGGAGCUGACUGACCUCUUUGUGAAAUACAACGUCAAGUCACCCACCACAGGAAAUGACCUCACACCUCCCAUCUCCUUCAACCUGAUGUUUCAGACGUCCAUUGGACCUGGGGGGAACAUGACAGGCUAUCUGAGGCCUGAAACCGCUCAGGGAAUCUUCCUCAACUUCAAGCGUCUGUUGGAGUUCAACCAGGGAAAACUGCCCUUUGCUGCUGCUCAGAUAGGAAACUCCUUCAGGAACGAAAUCUCUCCUCGCUCUGGACUCAUUCGUGUUAGAGAGUUCACCAUGGCUGAGAUCGAGCACUUUGUGGAUCCAAAUGAGAAGGUCCACCCUAAAUUCCCCAAUGUAGCCGAUCUGGACAUUAUCUUAUACUCCUCCAAGGCCCAGACCAGCGGCCAGUCUGCACAAAUCAUGAGGCUGGGGGACGCUGUGGAGCAGGGAGUGAUCAAUAACUCCGUCCUGGGAUAUUUCAUCGGGAGGAUCUACCUCUACCUUACUAAAGUUGGUAUCGCCAAAGACAAGCUGCGUUUCCGACAGCACAUGGACAACGAGAUGGCUCACUACGCCUGCGACUGCUGGGAUGCUGAAACCAAAACCUCCUAUGGCUGGAUUGAGAUUGUGGGCUGUGCUGACCGGUCUUGCUUCGAUCUGAAAUGCCACGCACGAGCCACAAAGGUGCCUCUGGUCGCUGAAAAGCCUCUAAAAGAACCCAAAGUUGUAAAUGUCGUCCAGUUCGAGCCCAACAAAGGAGCCAUUGGGAAGGCGUAUAAGAAGGACGCUAAGAUAGCAAUGGAGUAUCUGUCUGUGUGUGACGAAUGCUUCAUUACAGAACAGGAGCAGCUGCUCAACGAGACCGGAGAGUUCACCAUCGAGACAGAAGGCAAGACGUUCAAACUCACAAAGGACAUGGUCAGCGUGAAACGGUUCCAGAAGACCCUGCACGUGGAGGAAGUUAUUCCCAACGUAAUCGAGCCCUCCUUUGGCAUCGGUAGGAUCAUGUACACCAUCUUUGAGCACACAUUCCAGGUCAGAGAAGGUGACGAGCAAAGAACGUUCUUCAGCUUUCCCGCGACUGUAGCUCCGUACAAAUGUUCCGUCCUGCCUCUGAGUCAAAACCAGGAAUUCGUGCCCUUCGUGAGGGAAUUAUCCGAGGCGAUGACUAAAAACGGCGUGUCUCACAAAGUGGACGACUCUUCAGGAUCCAUCGGCAGGCGCUACGCCAGGACGGACGAGAUCGGAGUGGCGUUCGGCAUCACCAUCGACUUCGACACAGUGAACAAGACGCCUCACACGGCCACUCUGAGAGACCGCGACUCGAUGAGGCAGAUCAGGGCCGAGGUCAGUGAGUUGCCCGUGCUUGUUCGGGAUUUGUCCAACGGCACAAUGAGCUGGGAGGAAGUGGAGAUGAAGUACCCCAUAUUCGAAGGACAGGAGACCAGCAAGAGGGACACAGUCGAAGAGUAAAGCUCAGUCGUCUGCCAGUCACUCCAUUUAAAAAAAAUAAAAAAUAAUAAUCCACAGACUUGUUGCACAUGCAUCACAGGAAGAAAUAUUGCAACUGUAUUGUGAUAAGCUAUAGUGGUGCGCCUUGUGUUCUACACCACUGCAAUCACUAAAAUGUCAUGUACUCAUCAUAUCUAACAGUUGUGGGAAGCUUGCACAGGACUGUUGUUUCUUUCGAAGAGCAACUUUUCAUCCAUGUUAUGACCAUGUCGCUAUCUUUUCAAAGGGAGAAAAAUGUAAUCAGGUUGUUGUCAGUGGAAGGAGGCUUCCACCAUUCCGGUUUUCAGGCAGAGUGGAUUGAGAUAUUUAACAAUUUCAAUAAAAACAGCCAGCACUUACUGGACACGGGCA